AUGCGAACUACUCUAGUAUUUUGUUGCAUUUGUGGCGCUGCUGCGACAGCAUGUGGAUUUGGCACAAGCUAUCCGCAGGCAGCCCUGGCUUGGGAUGCAGCAUAUGGCAGGGACCUCGUGCAAGUCAAGCAUGAAGUGGCCCGAACCCGUGCAAAUGCCACGCCGGCAGCCGAUGUGGAUCUUGAAGUGGUUCAUGAUGCAAUUUCAGCGACCAGAGCCUUAUAUGGAUCUCCCAGCAGGGGCAAGCCGCUGCAGUGGGAGAGUCUUCGACAGUUUCCGCCGAUCGCGCUGCAGCAACCAGCUCCAUCCUGCCAGAGAAUAGGCCGACAAUAUCCUCAAUUGACAUCUCGAAAUUUGUCUGUUCUGGACAGCUAUGCUGAUUAUGCCUGUGGUGAUGGGUCCAACUACUUCCUCACGGAUCCAGCUGUUGGUCUAAAUGCCGAACUUGCAGAGUUGCACGGUGGCUGUGUGAACAUGAUGCGCUGGCCAAGAUCAGUUUUUGCGGCCAACUCUACUCACUUCACGUAUGCUUUCAGGACUAGCGAGCAUGUGGCUGCGGCGGAGAACAGUGAACACGCUUUAGCACCUAUACUGGUUGACCAUGACGUGCUGGUGAUUUCGAGCUCUCACCUGCCGGCUGGAAUGGAGUACCAACAUACACUUCUCGACUUCCUUCCCGCUGCCUGGACUGUUGCAAAGAUCUUGAAAGGAUCAUCCAAGAGGCUGGUAACUCACAUUCCCAUUCAGAGAGCGAUGUUGCAAUACUUGGGAAUCUCAGAGGCGAACAUGUUGGAACUUCCCUUUCCCAAACAUGGGCAGGCCUUUCUGCUUUGCACAGCCCCACAUAAAAUCCUGCAGAUUUGGCGAACUGGACGUGGUGAUGGUGGGGAGUUGCCGACGAAGCAUUACCGACGAGGAGGUUUCGCAGACUUUUGGCAUAGGCUAUUGAAUUACCAGGUUGGCCAUGAACUGUCAGAUGCCAUAGCCAAGAAUGCUGGAUGGAUGGAAGAUGCCCUGGAGGGAAAUCAACAGAUUACUUUCCUCCAACGUUGUGUGGUAAGACGACGCCUGGCAAAUGAGCAAGAAGCACUGGCACUGACAAGCAGAGCAUUGAUCGCAUCAAACCGCUCUGAGGGGCUCAUGUCACUGUGUGCAGGUCGGCUGACGUGGCUGGAGCAGGUUUCCCAGGUUCGGAAGUCUGCUUUGAUCAUGGGGGCGCAUGGCGGCGCAAUUGCAAACAUCCUUUUUGCCCGUCCUGGCACAGGUGUUAUUGAGAUUGUUGGGAGCCCCAAAGCUGCGAAGAUCAUUGACGCCAAAGGAGAGUGGAAGUGGCCACCUUAUAAAAGCCAUUGGUAUGGAGGAGCUGGGGCGUCCCUUAGCUUUUUCCGCGUGGUGCUGUAUGAGCCCAAUGCUGCUGCUAAACUUGAAGUCCGCUUGGAUGACUUGGAGGAAGCUUUGCAACAGUGGUUUGUCUACAAGAAUGCGCAAGAUGAGGCUGAGAAUCUGAGCUGA